AUGACAAAUGAUUGUGAUCGAACAGUAUUAAUUAAAAACAUUCCAUAUGAAAUAGACGAAAAUACUUUGUCAGAUUGGUGCUCGACAUUUGGUCCAGUAGCGAAUUGUUCGUUAAAACGAGAUAAAUAUGGAAAUUCACGUGGCUUUGCUUUUGUUACAUAUGUCUCUAUCGAUGGUCAUAAUAAUAUAUUGACUAAAACACCGCAUCGUUGUCUGGAUCGUUAUUUGUUUGUUAAAACAGCAAAUGAUAGACAUCAUUCUUCCGAUCAAAUAACAUCAUCAUCAUUAGUAACAGAUGAUAAUAUUAAUUCGACAACAACAACAACAGAUACUAGUUCAACAUUUGAUACUGAAAAUUAUAAUCGUUUAGCAGUAUUACGUGAUGAACUUGAUGCUAAUCUUGAAUGUAUGCAAAUAGCUCAUGAACAUGAAGUAAAACUUUUAAAUGACAAACUUUUACGUGAAAAAAAACUUCUACAAGAAUCUGAACAAUUAUAUAAAGAAGCUGAAGAAGAUUAUUUAAAAAUUAAAGAUGAAAAUAUUCGUAUUCGAACAUGUUUAAUUAAAAAUGUUAUGCAAACAUUUAAUAUACGAAGAGAUUUAGCUCGUCAAACAAAAGAUCAAUUAAAAAAAUGUGCACAAAUUCAAAUGCAAUAUGAUCAAAUCAAAUAA